CUAAACAACCUUUAAUAUAUACCCAGGCAUCCCCUUCUUUUGUUGCCUUGGCGCUCUUUCACUACUAAUAUCAUCUGAGAUUUUAGGGUUAAAUUAGUAAGGGGGGAGAAUGAGGAAGCCUUGCUGUGAUAAGCAAGACACAAAUAAAGGGGCAUGGUCUAAGCAAGAAGAUGAGAAGCUCAUCAAUUACAUUCGACUUCAUGGCGAAGGUUGCUGGCGUACUCUCCCUCAGGCUGCAGGGCUCCUUCGAUGCGGUAAAAGUUGUAGGCUGAGAUGGAUAAAUUAUCUUAGGCCUGACCUUAAAAGAGGUAACUUUACUGAAGAUGAAGAGGAUCUAAUUAUCAAGCUUCAUGCACUCUUAGGCAACCGGUGGUCGUUGAUAGCCGGAAGAUUACCUGGAAGAACCGACAACGAGGUGAAGAAUUAUUGGAACUCUCAUCUAAGAAGGAAGCUUAUAAACAUGGGGAUCGAUCCCAAUAACCAUCGUUUGAUCACUCACAAUCAUCUUCCUCGUCCACAUGAUUCCAAUAGUGGUGCAAGUAUAAUAUCUCCUGCUUCAAAAGUUCCAGUCACCGAUAAUUCUAAUAUUCAUCCACCGGAGAAAUCCAGAGGUGACAAUGAUCAAGUUUCGGAUGCUGCAAGUUCCCUGGAGGAUCAUCAGCUCCCUGAUUUGAACCUCGACCUGACCAUCAGUGUUUCAGCUUCCACCGUUGAUAAGUUAAAGAUGAUAGACGAAAAAGCCAGAAACAGUCCAACAUAAUAGAGGACCCUUAAGAUUUCACACCAUCUGCCACACUAGCUUUGUUUUUGGGUAAUUGAUGAUCAAUUUGCUUGUCCAACUUAAGAGAAAAACUUAAGGUUAGGUAUACUGAUGAUGCAUUGGAUUUAGGUAUACACUAUCUAAAUCUUAGCCAUAGGCUCUCCUGAUUAUCGAAAAACGAAAGCAAAAUGAGGAGGCAAUGAAUGGAUGGCGCUUUGAAGGAGAUAAUAAGAACCCAUAAUUUAGCUUUAAGUUAAGAGGAAAAGUAGAUACUCAUUAACAUCCUCCAUUGUCAAAACUAGAUACUCGUACCAUUGCUGGGAAUGACUGAAAUUUCCCCGGCAUGCAUUUCCUUAUUAAUUAUAUCUAUUACUGCAUGGCCAUGGCAUGGUUUAAUUUC